UUGCAUAUCAAUCAAAUUAAAAUCAGUGGUUUUAAGAGUUUCGCCGAAGAUGUGGAGUUAAUAUUGGAGCCGGGGGUCACAACCAUUGUAGGUCCCAACGGCUGUGGCAAGAGCAAUGUAUCAGACGCAAUUCGUUGGCUCCUGGGCCAACAGAGCCCUCGCGCCCUGCGUUGUGCCAAUAUGCAAGAUCUCCUUUUCAACGGUGGAUCGAACUUUAAACCAGCACAGCGGGCACAGGCUUCCCUCCAUUUCACCAACGUUGAGGGAAAACUUGCGCUCGAAUCUCCGGAAAUCGCAGUUCGCCGUCAAUUGACACGUAGCGGUGAAAGUGAAUAUUUCAUUAAUGACGCUCCAUGUCUGUUACGAGAUAUUACUGAACUCUUUAUGGAUACAGGAAUUGGCGUCGAUGCCUAUUCUGUCAUGGAGCAGAGCAAAAUCGAUCUCAUCCUCAAUACUCGUCCCGAAGAGCGUCGCUUCCUGUUUGACGAGGUUGCAGGCAUCACCAAAUACAAGCAUCGCAAAAAAACCGCGAUUAAAAAGCUAGAAGCAACUGAGCAGAACCUUGUGCGGAUUAAUGAUGUUAUCCACACCGUGCAGCGUGAAACUGAAUCGCUCAAGCGGCAGGCUGAACAAGCCAAACGUCAUCAACAACUCCACGGUCAACUGAGAAAUCUCGAAUUAGACCUCAGCCGCCGGGAGCAUGGGCGGUUCGCCAAAGACUUGACUCAAACACAACUCAACUUAGAUGAACUGAUGCUUGCUGUGACAGAAGCCAACGAGCAGAUCGAUUCCACUGAGCAGCAAAUCGAGGACGCGACAGCGCGCCGAGCCGAGUUAGAUAACUUAAUUCGCGAUGGGCAAGGGGUUGUGAGCCGAUUCGCAAGUGAAAUCGAACAAACGGAGCGGCAAAUUGCACUUUAUAAGGAACGACAGCUAAAUAUUCAGCAGCAACGCCAACGGGCACUUCAGGCAAUCGAAUCACUGGAAAAACAGUCGGCGGAAUUUGAGGCACAAAAAGAAGAACGCGAGCAGGAGCACAGACAGGUUGACGUUUCGCUUCAGUUGGAGGAAAGCCGGCUGACCGCGCGGCGGCGGGUUUUGACCGCACUCGAUACGCGGGUGACGGAAACCGAAAGCUCCGUGGAGGCAGCGCAGGAAAAUUUGCUUGAAACCAGGAAUCAGGUUUCACAACUAGAAACGCAACUUGCAUCGCUCAACAACAAGCUAGAGUAUUCAGCUGCCAAUCUGGAUCGAAUUACAGAACGUUCAAACGCCUUAGGCACUGAACUGGAGACGGAAAAAGCGAGCUAUACAAAGGCGCGACGACGUGAACAGCAGCUUAAUGCUGACCUGAUUCGCCUUGAGACCGACCAACAAAAGGCUGAAGAAGAUAUCCAACGCUAUCAGACGGAACUCCGCAAGCUAGAGUCCGAGAUGCGAGGGAUGCAGGAUUCACUCGGUACUAGUGCUUCACGGUUUAAGUCAUUACGGGAUUUGCAAGCCGCCCAUGAAGGUUACUACACAGGUGUACGCGCGAUCCUGAAAGUCCGCGAAACAGAACCAGAACGCUUCGGCGGAAUUUGUGGCGUUAUUGCCGAACUCAUCCGAACCGAACCGGACUACGAGUUAGCAAUCGAAGUGGCAUUGGGGAGUGCGAUCCAAAACAUUGUUACAAAAACCGCUGAAGAUGCUCAGUCCGGCAUUGAGUUCCUCAAGCGGACGAAAGCUGGCCGGGUGACAUUCUUGCCCUUGGAUAUUCUGCGGACUCGCCCAUUCCAUGACUACGAUCCAAAAUAUGAGGUUGCGGUUCAGCAACUGUUGGGAAAUACGGUCGUGGUCGAGGACCUUGACACAGCGAUAAAAUUGACGAGGCGUUCCCGCCACAGCGCACGCCUCGUCACGCUGGAGGGGGAGUUAAUCAAUACUUCUGGCGCAGUUACGGGCGGGCAUAACACCAGUUCAACCAGUGGACUCCUGAGUCGCUCAAGGGAGCUAGAAAGCCUACAGGAACGUAUUAAUCAGCUGACAAACCAGCUUAACGAAAAGGACACCAGAAGCAAAAAACUCGCCGGCAAGUUAGCGGAACUCCAACAGACCCGGCAAACCCUCAUCACACAAGGGCAAACACAUCAGAUUGAGCAUGCGAGUUUAUCAAAAGUUUUGGAACAGGGACAGCGGCAAAUCAGUCAGCUUGAGGAGCAGUUGAGCGAUGUAGAGAAGGAAGAGGUAAACCUCCAUCAGGAAACAGAAAAAGCGAAAGCUGAUCAGGACGCGCUUCAGUCUGAAUUGGAGAAAGCAGCCAAGACGCGCCGCACGUUACAACGACGCAUCGAGCGAUUGUCAGAGCAGAUCCAGAGCGAAAAGAGCAAACGGGAGGAAGUCAUCGAGUCCUGUCAAGAACUUGAAAUUGCCUUGGCAGGGAAACGGGAAAAAUUGCAGAGCCUGAGUUCCGAACUCCUGAACCUUCAAAAAAAUCAGGCACAGAUUCGCGAGAGUAUCGGUGAGCAUCAGGCAGUUAUCGAUUCUGACGACCAGACCCGUCAGGAACUCUCCUCACAGAUUGAUGAAGCGCAACGCAAAUUCCUCCAGAUAGAGCAGGAAAAAUUCGAGGCUGAAGAAAAUGUUAGACGGCUAGAGGAGGAACAUAUAGGCUUAAUUGAACAGAUUGCGGAAGCGCAGAAGUUGAUGCGCAAAGCGAGGAGAGAAUUUGAUAAGCAUAACCGCCUGCGUCAUCACCUAGAGGUCACGACAACCCAGUUACAGAUGCAAUUGAAGGCAAUCGCCGCACGAAUCCUAGAUAAGUAUCAAAUCACAAUCGAUCAGAUUGAGAUUGAGGAAAAUCCGGUUGACGACCUUGAACUGAUGGGGCAAAUUGACACGCUGAAAACUGAGAUUGAAGAAAUGGGAGCUGUUAAUCUUGUAGCGAUUGAAGAGUAUGAGGAGCACAAGCAGCGCGAAGAUUUCCUUGUCACUCAACGUGAAGACCUAGAGAGGUCGCUCGAAUCGGUCAAUCAAGCAAUUCAGAAGAUUAACCGGACUUCGCGUGAGACGUUCCUCCAAGCAUUUGAGCAGAUACGCGCUAACUUUCAAGAGGUGUUUGAGGAACUUUUCGGCGGCGGAGAAACGGAGUUGCGUUUGAUAGACGAAUCUGAUGUAUUAGAAUCGGGGAUUGAUAUCAUCGCCUGCCCACCGGGUAAGAGACCGCAGAGUAUCACGCAACUCUCCGGCGGCGAGCGGUCGCUUGUUGCCAUUGCCCUGCUCUUUGCCGUGUUCAAGAUUAAGCCGAGCCCGUUCUGCGUUCUGGAUGAAGUUGAUGCCGCGCUCGACGAAGCGAACGUGCUCCGCUUCACGAAUCUCAUUCGGAAAUACGCUCAACAGACACAGUUUAUUAUCAUUACUCACAAUAAGCGGACGAUGGAGAUUGCCGAUGUUAUGUACGGUGUGACGAUGGAGCAAGCGGGCUUGUCAAAGGUUGUUUCGGCAAAGUUUGGCAAUAAGAUCGCAGCGUGA